UCUAGGGUUCUACAAAUUUACCGAAAAUUUACCGGAUUUUUUUAAAAAAGUUCGAGGAAUGGACCAACUAAAAAGAAAACAAAGUAAGGAAUCUGGAGAAGAACAAUCUGAAGGACAAAGUCCAGAAGAAACAAUUGCAGAAAAGUUGAAAGUGAUAAAAUGGAAGAAACUGAAAGAGAGAAAAAAGCGAAAGCAGAAAACUGAAGAUGAAGAAGAAUCAAGUGAAGAUGAGGAAGGAACAACUGGAGAUGAAGAAGAAUCUGAUGAAGAACAAGUCCGGCGUAACAAGACGAAGAAGGAUAAAAAGAAGAAAACUGGAAAGCAGAAAAGAAGAAAACCGGAAGGAACUGAAGAUGAAGAACAAUCUAAUGAAGAACAAGUCCGCAGUAAGAAGAAGAAUGAGAUUAAAAAGGAGAAAAGAAGAAAAAGGGAAGAAAAUGAAGAUGAAGAAGAAGUUCGUGCAAAGAAGAAGAAGAAAAUGGAUAAAAGGAAGACCAAAAAAGAGAGUACAAAGAAGAAGGAAGAAACUGACGAGGAAGAAGAUACAAAGGAUGAUGAAGAGGAAAAAGUCCCAGGGAAAAGGAAAAGAUAUGUAAAAGAGGGUUAUGUGCAGUAUCGCUGCACAAUGCUUGCUUUUCUGAAAACAAUUGCAGAAAACAAAAAUAACCUGACUGAAGGUACUUUAGAGCUGCUGCAGAAAACACCCUUUGCAACGCUGAUAGAUGCAUUCCAUGGAGGUUCAAUUAAAGAAAAGGAUGCAAAGAAAUCAGAUGAUUUAAUCACACUUCUGCUACAAGCAUACAACAGUGACACAGACCUUUUUGUGUUUGGGAACAGGAAAUUCAGAAUGUCAACAAGUGAUAUAUCUAUGAUUUUAGGAGUGCCGGCAUCCGGGUUAUCAGUACCAAAGACCAAAGAAGGGGCAUACAAAUCUGAGUUCGUGACUAAAUACUUUGACAAAAAGCAGAGGAUCAACAAGGCGGCUGCAGAGGAAGCUUUGAAGAAGGCAUUGGCAGAAACUCCAGAAACAGGGGAUGAAAAAACGAAACGGGACAGAAAUGUUGCCGUAUUAGUACUCUUGAACCUUUUCAUCAAACUCCUGUUCCCAAACUCUGGAGGAACAAUAUCUUGGGACUAUAUAAGAGUAUGUGAAGAGGUGGAAAGUCUGGGAAAAUAUAGCUGGGCAAAGGAAGUUGGCGACUUCCUUAAAAAAUCAAUUAAACGAAAGGCAAAAGAAUCCCAAAACAUGGCAGGUUGCGUGAUAUUGGUGAUGGUAAAUUCCCGUAACUUGUUAAAAAUUUGUUUAUGCAUCAUUUUGCUGUCGUAUGCUGUUGUAAGUACAAAAACUAGAUCAGUGUCAUGUCACUGUUAAGGUCACUGGACAGGUAACUGGCUAGGUCACUGUUAAUGUUACUGUCAAGUUUUUGUCACUGACAAUGUCACUGUUGUAUUUGCAUAUGUCAUUGGUUAUGUUUGUGAUAUUCAUAUGGGUAAGCAGCUGUUUGAAAAAUAACUAACUAGUUUUCUAUUUUUAUUUUUUAUUUUCCAAACAGUAUUGGUUUUGCCACAAGACAGGAGUAGUGCCGCCAAUCUCUGGAAGAGAAACCGAAAAACACGGAAUAAGAAAGUGGCAGUUAAAGACCCUGAUAGAAAAAAAAGGGGAUUUCAACACCAUGGGAAAGUUGAAGAAAAUCUUUGAUAAAGUUAAAGAAGAUGCAGAGGAAGAAGAUUCUGAGUCUAAUACAGACACAGAAAGUAAAGAAAAAGAGAAUGAUGGGCAAGAAGAUAUUGUUGAAAAUAGAACCAGUGGAAACAUUAAGGAUGAGAAGAUGGAGACAGAGAUAGGGAAGAACAAUGAAGAGAAGAAGGAAUUACAGAGAAAGCUGGAGGGAAAGGAAGAAGAGCUAAGUGCUUUGAAAAAAGAAGUUGAGGAGAAGGACAAGGAAAUUGGCAGAAUAAAUGAAGAGAAUGAGGAUGUGUUAUUGGAAAAUGAGGUGCUGAAAAUUGAGAAAGCCUCACUAAUUAACAGAGUGAAGCACUUGGAGGGCAUAGUGAUGGCACUAACUGAGAAGUUUGAGUCGCCAAUAGCACGUCCAGGUGAUGACAACGACUCAACUCCUCCUCCCCCACCACCUAGUUUCCCUCCGCCAAAACCAAAGGCCCCUCAGGACAAGCCAACUGACAGCAAGCACUCCAAAAACACAAAAUCUCAAGGUGGU